AUGGCUGGGGGCAUGUGGGGCCGUGGCCGGGGGGCUCCCGUGGGGGCACUGACCCUGACAGCUCUGGCGGAAGGCAUCCGGGCCAGCCAGGAGCAGCCCCUGACAGCCCCUUCCCAGGGCCGGCCCACUGAGCCCCAGGGGCUUGAGAAUGAGGGCCAGGUCCCCGCCCCCGCCUCUGAGGCUGAACCUGGCGGUUCGGCCAGCAUCCCCACAGCUGGCAGCCAGCCCUGCUCCCCACCCAGUGCCCAGGAGCCUCCCCCUGAGGGAGCCCACCAGGCCUCCCACAGUCCCUGGGAGGAGGGGGCCCUAGCCGACCUGGCGUUGUACACUGCGGCCUGCCUGGAGGAGGCUGGCUUUGCAGGGACCCAGGCCACAGCGCUCACCCUGUCCUCAGCCCUGGAGGCCCGGGGGGAGCGUCUGGAGGACCAGGUGCACGCUCUCGUACGAGGGCUGCUGGCGCAGGUGCCCAGCUUAGCCGAGGGACGGCCGCGGAGGGCAGCUCUGCGGGUGCUGAGCGCGCUGGCCCUGGAGCACGCACAGGACGUCGUGGGCGCGCUGCUGCCGCUCUCGCUGCCCCCGGACCGGGCGGCGGCCGAGCUUUGGCGCAGCCUGAGCCGGAACCAGCGCGUGAAUGGGCAGGUGCUGGUGCAGCUGCUGUGGGCGCUGAAGGGCGCAGCUGGGCAGGAGCAAGAGGCGCUGGCGGCCACACGCGCCCUCGGGGAGAUGCUGGCCGUGUCGGGCUGCGUGGGUGCCACGCGGGGCUUCUACCCUCACCUGCUGCUGGCGCUGGUCACGCAGCUACACCAGCUGGCCCGCGGCUCGCGCUCCCCUGACAGCCCCAGGGUUUGGGCCCCGUCUCACCGAGGACCGCCGCACAGUCAUGCCAGUUGCGCGGUGGAGGCCUUGAAGGCCCUGCUCACAGGCGACGGCGGCCGCAUGGUGGUCACGUGCAUGGAGCAGGUAGGAGGCUGGAGGAGGCUGGCGGGAGCCCACACGCACCUGGAAGGCGUCCUGCUGCUGGCCAGCGCCAUGGUGGCGCACGCCGACCACCACCUGCGAGGCCUCUUCGCGGACUUACUUCCCCGGCUGCGCAGCGCCGACGACACGCAGCGCCUUACGGCAAUCGCCUUCUUUACCGGGCUGCUGCAGAGCCGGCCCACGGCGCGGCUCCUGCGGGAGCAGGACGUCCUGGAGCGGCUCCGCGCCUGGCAGGGCGAUCCCGAGCCCACCGUCCGCUGGCUGGGCCUGCUGGGCCUGGGCCACCUCGCGCUGAACCGCAGCAAGGUACGGCACCUGAACUCGCUGCUGCCGCCGCUCCUGGGCGCUCUGGGCGAGGGCGACGCGCGGCUCGUGGGCGCGGCGCUGGGCGCCCUGCGAAGGCUCCUGCUGCGGCCGCGGGCGCCCGUGCGGCUGCUGAGCGCGGAGCUGGGGCCACGCCUCCCGCCGCUGCUGGACCACGCCCGGGACUCGGUCCGCGCCUCGGCGGUGGGGCUCCUCGGGACGCUGGUGCGGCGCGGCCGGGGCGGGCUCCGCGUGGGGCUCCGCGGCUGCUUGCGGAAGCUCGUACUGCAGAGCCUGGUGCCACUGCUGCUUCGCCUGCACGACCCCAGCCAGGACGCGGCCGAGAGCUCAGAGUGGACCCUGGCCCGCUGUGACCAGGCCCUUCGCUGGGGCCUGUUGGAGGAGGUGGUGACUGUGGCCCACUACGACAGUCCUGAGGCCCUAAGCCGCGUCUGCCACCGCCUGGUUGAGCGGUACCCAAGCCACGUGUCCAGCUUCCUGAGCCAGACCCAGGGCUACCUCCGGAGCCCACAGGGCCCCCUGCGCCUGGCAGCCACUGUACUUAUAGGCUUCCUAGCCCAUCACGCCAGCCCCAGACGAGUCAGCCAGGACCUCCUGGACUCCCUGUUCCAGGACCUGGGGCAGCUGCGGAGCGACCCGGAGCCGGCGGUGAGCUCGGCGGCAAACGUGUCUGCGCAGCAGGUGGCUCUGCUGGCCCGGGCGCAGAGCCGAACCCGCGGCCCGCGGCUCGCGCACCUCGCCCGCCUCCCCCGCCUGGCCCGGCGCCGCUCCCGUCCAGCUCGGGCCCCGCCGGUCUACGCAGACAGCCCCUUUCAGCGCCGGAGCUGCGUGGACCGCUGGGCCUGCUCUGGCCCCGGAUGA